AUGCACACCCAUCAGACACUGGCUGUCAUUUUAUGCCUUUUACUUCUGUCGACCGACGGUCACACACCACGGAAACGCCAUCUGGACAUAGACCCUUGGCAGAGUCUUUCUAUCCAUCCCAUUGUACCACGCGAUUCAGAUUCUUUUGUACGGGUCGUCCCUGCCGUGCAGAAGCGUUCGACAACCUGCGUCCGAAGCGAGAAGAUACGGCGUUCCCUACUCCCUCCACCAUCAACGAGGCGUCGGGCGGCAGUCUGUCGUAAUGGGCCUACUGCACCAGCUGCUGUCGGCGCUGCCCCUUCCAGUACUGGAGCUGCUGCAGGUGCCGCACCUAGCAACGGAAAUGCUGGAGGCGUUGGUCCUAGUGGUAAAUCGGGUGAUGACGGUGCUGGGUCUUCGAAUGCUGGAUCUUCUGCUAAUUUUCUUGUAAACCGAACAUUGUCGUCACUCGUUUGGAUAGCGUGCUAA